CCUAACUACAACACAUGCAAGGAAGCAUACGAAGAAUUACAGAAUAACUGAAAACUUUAAAGGAAAGCAGGAAGAAAUCAGUUCACCAAACAGUUUUUGCAAAAGAUGGAGAUCUAUUUUAGUUUGCUGAUAUUAUGUUUCGUGACAGUUCACUCAAAAUCUGUUAUUCCAAACCCUCCGAUCGUCCGUGUUGGCCCAUUUGAUAUAAUAGACAACAAGACUGGAGUCGUGAGUCCACCCGGAGACGAUAAGGAAGAAGGUUAUGAAGAAAAGAAUUUGUUUCAAGGCGACAUUAAACAUUCAGGUCUUCCUAAAAAAGGAGCAAAGAUCGCAGAGGCUGGAACUAGAACACCUUGGCCGAACGGAAUCAUUCCUUACGUCUUUGACUGCAGCGUUGAAAGUAUCGAGAGCGCUCUAAAGGCAACAAAAGAUGCGAUGGCAGAGUGGGAAAGUAGAACUUGUGUCAGAUUUGUCAAGAAACAGCCACACCACAAAGUUUAUCUCGAGUUCAUCAGAGCUGCUGGUUGCUGGGCAACGUACGUUGGAUACAAAGGAAAGAAAACGCAAAUUUCUAUUGGUAACGGUUGUGACUAUAAGCACGUCAUGGUUCACGAGUUGGGUCACGUGAUCGGUUUCUGGCAUGAGCAAAGUCGACCAGACAGGGAUCAGUACAUCACAAUCAACAGGGGAAAUGUUCAUCAAGCAUUAUUAUACAACUUUGACAUUGUUAAAGAACAAGUCAACAACUAUGGAGAACCUUAUGACUUUAAUUCCAUCAUGCAUUACCCCUGGAAUGCCUUUGCAAUCGACAGGAGACGCAAUACAAUCUUGCCAAAAAACAGUCGCUAUUUAAAUUCCAAGAGACCGUACACAGAACUCAGUGACUCAGAUGUCGCACAGACACACAAAAUGUAUCAUUGCGAAGAAAUCGUCGCUGCUCGGGAGGCAAAUAUGAAUUCCAUUCAUGACGCAAAUAUGGUAAACGCACCGUCUGUGACCGAGCAGGAAUGUCGAGACAAACACAUACACUGCGCUAGUUGGGCAAAGGCCGAUUUCUGUGAAUUGUCACCGGAUCCAGUGAUAAAAACCUGCCCUAAAAGCUGCGGGAUUUGUGGCAUACCUUGCGCAGAUGAUUAUGAAGAUUGCAAAGCAUGGGCAGAAGAUGGAUUUUGCGUCAAGGAUGAUGAAUUGCGUAUCCUCAGGUUCAUGCUAAAAAAAUGUAGAAAAACCUGUGGUGUCUGCACUCAAGAGCCGACGACAAAACCGAACCUCAGAUCUACCACCACAUCGAAACCAACAACCUUACCACCAACAACAACCUUACCACCAACAACAACCCCAGAUCCAACAACCACAACACCGACAACGGUACAAAUUAUGACCACACCUAAAUCUACCACGAAGACACCAACUACAAAGAUUGGAACUAGGCUACCAACAGGAAAAUUCACAGGGGUAUUGUGCAAAGAUCGCAGCAAAUACUGUCAAUCUUGGGCAAAAGAUGGAAGGUGUAAUACUGAUCGUUGGGUGUAUGACAACUGCAUGUUGAGCUGCCAAAGGUUCUCAAUCUGUGACGAAAAAAUGAUCAAACCUCUUGGCGAAUGCACGGAGCCACUAGGAGUAUAUUCAAAGAAACAAAUCCCUGAUAAUAAAAUGUAUGCUUCGUCAACAUUUGCACCAGGUGGCGGAUGGUACGCCCCGGCGUAUUCUGGACGUCUGUACAAAGAAGACGAUCACGCCCGAAAACAUGUCGGAGCAUGGUGUGCUGCUCCUUAUCAAAAAACGAAUAAUUAUUUACAGAUUGAUUUUGGGAAGAUAAGAAGUAUCACCGCACUAGCAACCCAAGGAAGAGAUACGUAUUUUGAACACGUGAAAUCGUACAGUUUGUCUUUCAGUGAUGACAGAUCAACAUGGCGUGAAUAUCAAGAAAAUGGAGUUAAAAAAGUGUUUGAUGGAAACUGUGAUCAUGUGACACCGGUGUUGAAUCUCCUGGAGAGAGCUGAGUAUGCUCGUUAUAUACGUAUUCAUCCAAUCAAGUAUAUGGCCGCAGCUUGUCUCCGUGUGGAAGUUUAUGGUUGCUGAGCAAUAUUGUGUUCCUUUUUGAUAUUUGUAAUGAUGGUAUACAAUAUUCCAAAAUAUUUAUGCAAAUAUUAUAUUUAAUCUUUAUUAUAAAUAAUGUAAAU